AUGAUUAGAGCUUAUGUGCACAAGAUUGGGCUUCUUAGGGACACGAUUGAUGCAGUUGAUGCUCAGCUUUCUCUACAGUCUAGUGAGAAGAGUGGUGUUUCUUCUGGUAAGUCUAGGAUCCUCGAUCAGGUUAGUUGGUCCCGUCCCCCUUCUGAUUAUUGUAAAGUUAAUUUUGAUGGUUCUAAGCUUCCAAAUGGUCAAGCCUCCUUUGGUUUUGUCAUUCGUGAUACUGAAGGGGAAGUUUUGUUAUGUGGUGCUGGUGCUUUAGACUCGUCCAAAUCUAUUCUUGUUGUUGAAGCUAGAGGCCUUUGUGAAGGUAUUAGAGGGGCUAUUUCUUUGGGAAUUGGUAAAAUUGUUAUUGAAGGUGACAACUUGGUUGUUGUCAACUCUAUUAGGAAUAUUUGGAAAAUUCCUUGGACGAUUAAUUCCAUUGUUUUAGAUGCAAGUGAAGAUUUAAAACAUGUUGAAGAUGUCCAAAUUCGGCAUGCGUUUAGGGAAGCUAAUGCAGCUGCGGAUUGGAUGGCGCAUCGCUGCCACACGACGACUAAUACUACUUACUGGUUUGAUGUUCUUGAUUUCCCCUAUGUUGUAAUCAUCUGCAAGGAUGCUUUAUGGUGGCCCAAAUAUUGGGAUCCCCUCUAG